AGCACUGAGACUGUCACUCAGACCAUGAGACUAACUCUCUACGCAAUUGAAGACAACAGUUCCAAGCCAGAGGCUGUCCUAAAUACUAAGGCUAAAAUGUACUGCUUCCUCCCCAUUCACUCUCUUGCUCUUUUGAUCUGAAGAUUUUCUUAUAAACUAAUAAGCAUCAGGCUUAGAAAAAGGAAAGAAAAAAAGCAAGAAAAAGAAACCACAAAUGACUCACUGCUAGCAAUAAUAACCUUCUAUCACAGAGAAGACUUCACUUUUCAGCAUUUGUCUACAGUGCAAAGAGGGGAAAAGAUAUCAAACUACAAAUGAAAGCUGUUCACAACUUGAGCUUCUCCAGAACUGAUAUCAACUGCACCAGCGACAACCAAUUCAGUAAAGUUCUUUUCCCUGUGCUCUACACAGUUCUGUUUUUUGUGGGCAUUGUCAUGAAUGGCCUGGCAAUGUGGGUUUUUUUCCAAAUCCCCAGUAAAUCCAAUUUCAUCAUCUUCCUUAAGAAUACAGUAAUUUCAGAUAUCUUCAUGAUCCUGACCUUUCCAUUCAAAAUUCUUAGUGAUGCAAACCUGGCACCUUGGACAUUGAGGGGAUUCGUCUGUCGGGUGUCACAAGUCAUAUUUUACUUCACCAUGUACAUCAGCAUUUUGUUUCUGGGUCUAAUAACUAUUGAUCGCUACCAGAAAACUGUCACACCAUUUAAAACAUCAAGCAACCUUCUUAGCACGAAGAUUCUGUCCGUGGUCAUUUGGAUAGCAAUGUUUGCUCUCUCCCUGCCUAACAUGAUUUUGACAAAUAAGGAACAGACACGUGAAAAAGUGAAGAAAUGCGCUCUCUUGAAAUCCGAUUUUGGGUUAACAUGGCAUGAAAUUGUGAACUACAUCUGCCAAUUAAUCUUCUGGGUUAAUUUGGUUAUCAUAGUGGUAUGUUACAUGCUCAUAAGUAAAGAACUGUACAAAUCAUAUAAGAGAACAAAAUGCACAGGGAAAGUUUCUAGAAAGACAGUAAAUUUGAAAGUUUUUAUUAUUAUUGCAGUGUUCUUUAUUUGUUUUGUUCCAUUCCAUUUUACCAGAAUCCCCUACACCUUGAGUCAAACAAGAGAUGUUUUUGAAUGCUCUGCUCAGAACACAUUGUUUUAUAUGAAAGAGAGCACCCUCUGGUUAACAUCUCUAAAUGCCUGCUUAGAUCCAUUUAUCUAUUUUUUCCUUUGCGAGUCUUUCAGAAAAUCCUUGCUCAAUAUGCUACACAAACAGGUGUCUUCAGAGCUUGGAACAAAAAUUAAAGAGCAUACUGAUGGAGAUAGUUCUGAGGAAACUCCAAUGUAGAGCUGAGAUACAUAAAACAUUGCUAUUUAGUCUACUUAUUCCUAUACUAAUCAUUUCAAUUCUACUUCCAAUAAAGUCAAAGGUUAGAAUUUCACUUGCUUCCUUUGGAACUGAAAAAACAUUCUCUACUUAAAUCAGACACACUGGAACAGAGGAACUACUGAUAAUGGCCACAGUUUAGUAAAAUGCUUAAAGUAUUGUUUAACUUCAAGCUAAGUAGUCUCACUGAAGUCAAGGAGACAACUCACAUCCUUGAAUUUAAACAUGUGCAUGUAUUCUUUGCUAGAUCACAGACUAUAUGCUUACUACAAUAAUUAUAAGGAAGAUGCCAACUUUUUAGUCAUGGAAUGCUGGAGAAUAAUUUAUUAAUUGUGAAUUUUUUGCAGAGAGAAGGUGAAAUCCUAGCUGCAACACAAUUAAUCUUUAAACCUACAAUCUGCAAAAUGCUAUUAAAGAAAAUAAGGGCUAACUAUACAUUUAUUAACAGGAAGCUAUUAUUUUACCUCCAAAUGCCUAACAAUUAAAAACAAGGAAGAGUAUAUAUAAGCUAUUUGCAUUGAAUUAUAGCAUAUUAACAAAAUUGUGAUUACUGUAUUCACCUUUGGAAUGUUACUGACCAUUUAAAUAAUUGUAUUAAGUAAAAAACACUGCUGUUUCAUAAGCAAAUUUAUCUUAACUUUAUUUAACCCUGUAAAUCCCUCACAAUAUGGUAUGAAAGACAAGCAAAAGAACUAUGGUCUUAUAGAGAACACUAUAUAAAUACAUAUGAUUUUUUUAAAAUAAAACUAAAAACUCAUUUUGCAAAAAAUGCCUGGGACUCAGUUGGAGGCAGCACUGAACAGAUUAAAAUUAAAAGUAGUAAGGUCAGUUUUGUUUCCUUUAUUCCAGAGUUCUAUUUUCUCUGUUUACUGAAAGUUGCUACACGUUUUUUAUUUGGAAUAUCAGGAAUGCAGCUUUGACAACAGUAUAAAUAAUUCCAAGAGCAGAGGGCUUUAAGUAGAUAUAAAGUAACUGCUGCUACACUAUACUGCUAGUGCAAAUAGUAAGCAGACUCCCCCUCUGAACAUUACCAUGGACAUUUCAGCUAUUACUUUCACUAUCUGUUCACUCACAUACUAGUUUUUACAGAAAACUAACAAUCUUUGGCCUGUUUUAUAGCUUAUUCUGUUGUUUGGAGUAAAACAAAUAUUUAACAUGAGUCCAUAGUUUUGUGUGUCAUAAUUAAAGCAUCCUAGCAACUAAGAAAGUGUGACUGUGUUAUAUCAUGGACAACAUGAAACCAGUUACUGAACAGACUUUGUAACUAGCAUAGUUACUCAUGGAAGCAUCUGUCAGUCCUGGCAGCUAGAAGCACAUUUCACUGAAUCCUUGAAGAAAGUCUUUCACCAACUUAAUAUAAAGACAUUUCUUAUAAAACAGCAACCAUCAUUAUCUAUGUGGUGUUUGCUGGGGACGUGCACCAGUGCAGCCACCCUUGUAGGGAUAUAGGUGAAAUAGGUAUAUAUGGAUGUUUGUAGGCAGUUACAUAGUCCUAGGAUCCUUCACUUCAAAGGUAUCCUACACCUAAAUUCUUGAUCCCAUCAGAUUCCAUACAGCAAGAGGUCUGUUAAACUGUAACUUUCUCCAAAACAGGUGCAGUAAAUGCUGCAGAGCAUGUACAUCUGCUUAACUCAGCAGGAAACUUUCCUAAUGACUAAUGUGGUGAACACUAUUUAUGGGCAAAACAGGGUUAGGAAAAAGGAAAUUCAUCCACUGUAUCAGAUUUAUAAACAAUUUCAGAUAAGGACUGCCCACAAUGGUGAAAAUAAAGGUUGUAAAUUGGGUCACUCAUGGCACCCUACUGAGCAAGCAAUAACCCUUAUGAAAAGUAAGAGCAGCAGUCAGCAUGCACACAUCACGAGGCCCUACUCAGCCUUGAAUGUUCUCAUGGGUGAUGCAGAAGAGGAAGUCCAGGGGCACAUGCAUGCAGCAUCAACAACAUACCCAAAUGAAAAAAAAAAAACAAUAAUCCAAAUGAAAGUAUAGUUUCACAAUUUGAUUUAGGUUUGCUUAAGCCUUACAUGUACAUUUGGUAGUAAAGACUUCUCAAGAGGAAAAGCUCCAAUUUGAGUGAUUUUCCAGAAGAUUUUAACCCCUAACCUACCACUGACAUGGUAUAAGGGUGAUUUUUGCUUCCGGUUCCCUGGUCUAUUCUCAGCAAUUACUCGCUUCAUACAGAUGUACGAUGUGGUUCACAAAUGUUGCGCAACUCAGAUUUUGCAGCUGAGAAAAUUCGUGGUUCUUUUUGCUUUCUUAAGAAGGGACAAAAAACAGGAUUUCCUGUCACUGAAGCAGCACUUACAGGAACCCAUAACAUCCAUGGACAAUGUAGUAAGCAGCAAAAAUUUCACUCAAAGGUGCACUAUGUGGAAAGUGCCCCUUCCCUCUCCUUUCCCCUCCCCCCCAGAAAUUUACAACACUUACCAAUUUGCUUACCAUAUUAGAAAACAGCUUACAUUGCAAGAAAUGUAAAGAGUAUAAAAUACAAAAGAAACUCAACCUAAAAUGGUAUAAGGCAUCAUAGCUGCAAUGCACACAGGGAAAGGUCAGGUUUGGCUACUUUGCUGUUUUCACUAACAGUCAAACACAUAUAUGUAACAAAAAUUAGCUCUCACCAAGGCCAAGUGGAAGGACAAAGCCAGGAAAAACAAGUGGGGAUUUUAAGUAAUGGACUCAUUAAUAAAAAGCCCACACAUUUCUAUUACAAAUAAACUUGAGCAGAUGCACAGAUACACAAAGCUUAUACACAGUAAUCCUCAGUGACAGAGGAAUGCAUAAGAACGCCCAUAAAGUCUUGCUGUGGCCUGACUUACACACCACAGACAUAUAUACAGCGCCUACAAAAACAUGCUGGUCCACAGCUUUAUGGCCCCUCUGCACCAGACCAAAACAUAAUUGCAGCUGUAUAUCUAUAGAACAGAACAGUGGAAGCAGACCUUUUAGGAAGUAGGUGUACGUGAUUAAGUCAUUAUUAUUUCCAGUACCACUAUAUGUCAAAGAAGAUACAUAAAACACAAACUGGCCUUAAUUGGAGGUAAAGUCAAUACCCAGAUCUGAACUUUUCUACUUAGAAACAUAAUAACUGCCUAUAGUAUUAUCCACCCUGUCAGGGAUCCUCUUACUGACAAGAAUCGGUAAUAGUUGUCUUAGUUGUUGUCUGAGGUAAAAAAUAGAUCUGCAGAGGUUUUAUCAUGGAAACUUUGCCUCCUAAGAUUAACUAAAGAUUGAAAAAGCCUCUUGUAUGCAAGUUUUAGGCUUGUCUGUGAUUACAGAAUGAAAGCAAAUAUGUACCCAUUAGUACACAGAAUGGGUUAAUAAUUCAAUGCAUCACAAAGCGGAAGGAAACCUAGGG